AUGGCAAGAAAGAACCUCUUCGAUGAGGCCGACUCGGGGAGUGAGGGCGUCCCGGACAACGCAGGCGGCGAAGGCCUGAAGAUCAAUGAGGAGUACGCGCAACGAUUUGAGCAUAACAAGAAGCGAGAGGAGAGACAAAGACUUGAGGAAAAGUCUAAGACUCGAGCGGCAAAUGGCGAAGACGACGACUCCGAUUCAGACUCCUCAGACGAUGAGACAGAAGACGAGGACGGCUUUCUGGCGACCGAACAGCUCGAUGCUGAGAUUUCCGCCACCUUGCAAGCUAUCAAGAAUAAAGAUCCUAGGAUUUACGACCAAAACGUCAAAUUCAUUACGGCAUUGGAUGACGAUGGCGCAGCUCCAAAAGAAAAGAAGGAGAAGCCGAUGUAUCUUCGCGACUACCACCGAGAGCGCUACAUGGCUGGAGACACCGGAGCAGACGAGGAGGAGACCGAUCAACCAAGAACUUUCGCGCAGGAGCAGGCGGAUCUGAAAAAAGACAUUCUGGCAGAGAUCAAUGCAGCGGAUGGGGACGACUCGGAUGAUGGCGAGGACUUCAUCAAGGCAAAGCCUAGCGAGACCGCUGCUACAGAGAACGGUAUUCACCCCUCAAGGAAGGAGAAGGUAAAACCUGCCGAGGUUGAUGUCUCUCUUGCCGACAAGGACCCAGAGCUGUUUUUGUCAAAUUUCAUGGCCUCAAGAGCAUGGAUUCCUGGAAGCAGCUCGAAGUGGGAAGCAUUCGAGUCAGACGAUGGAGAGGGUAACGACGAUGCAGACGAGUGGGAGGCGGCUUACAACCUCCGAUUCGAAGACCCUGCGAAGAGCAACGAGGUCCUGCAGUCAUACUCGCGAAAAGUCGUGGAGGCGCGAUCUGUGCGCCGAGACGAGCUUAAGGGACGGAAGAAGCAACGAGAGCUCGAGAAGGCGCGCAAGGAAGAGGAAAAGCGCAUACGGCACGAGGAGCGUGCCCGGCUAAAGCGCCUCAAAAUCGAGGAGGCAGAGAACAAAUUGAAGAAGAUCAAGAAAGCCGCUGGCCUGAGUGGCAAGGAUCUAGGUGAAGAGGAGCUUAUGAAGCUCCUGGACGGUUCUUGGGAUAAUGACAAGUGGGAGGAAGAGAUGAACAAGCGGUUUGGCGAACAGUACUACGCAGAGGCAGAGGAGGUGGUGUCAGAGUCAGAAGCAGAGGGCUUCGGGAAUUCGAAGAAGAAGCCGAAGAAGCCCAAGUGGGAUGACGAUAUAGACAUCAAGGACAUCAUUCCAGACUUCGAGGACGAUGAGGCCAAACCAGACAUUAGCCUCGAUGACGAUCUGGCUGGAGGUGAGGCAGCUGACGAUGGCGAAGACCUGUCCGAUGACGACGGGCACCCCUCAAAGAAACGCAAAACGACCAAAGAGCACAAAGCGGAACGCCAGGCCAGCAAGCAAGCCGCCCGGAAAGAGCGCUCCAAGAUCGAAGCCCUGGUCGAGCACAAGAUGGAGCUCGACGACCCGACCGUGCUGGCUCUCUCCAAGAAGAACAAAAAGACGGACGGCGCGGAGACCGCAAGCUUCCGGUAUCGUGAGACCAGCCCCCAGUCUUUCGGCCUCACUGCGCGAGACAUCCUCCUCGCGCCGUCGGACGCGGCGCUCAACGAAUUCGCCGGCCUCAAGAAGCUGGCAACGUGGCGGAACCCGGAGAAGAAAAAGAAGGACCGCAAGAACCUGGGCAAGAAGGCCAGGCUCAGGGAGUGGAGGAGGGAGGUGUUUGGCCGUGAGUAUGAGCACACCGGCCCUACAUUUGGAUUCGGCGACACCAAUGAUGACCAGGCGGAUGCCGCGGUGAAUGAGAAGGCCAAGGACUUCGACAGCAGCGCUGCCGCCGGGUCCAAGAAGAAGAGGAAGAGGUCCAAGGGCAAGAAGAAGGACUCCGUCGCCGCGUAG